GUCGCAGUGUCGAAAAGUGUCAACGCUGCGCAGGCGAUGGAGCUGUCGGCGCUGCGGAGCCUCGCGUCGGCCUUCUCGCCCAGCUCGUCCGUGUCCUCGGCCGCCAGCAGCACCAGCAGCGGCAGUAGCCGCGAGAGCCGCCGCCGCCGCCACGAACACCGCCGCCAGCAGCGACCAACCGACGAACGCGACGACGACGUGUAUCACCGCCAGCGCAAAAAUAGACAGCGCAGCUUCGAGCAGCAGCAGCAGCAGAGCCACCAUCACCACCGCCAUCGAGAGCGUCACCACACGAGCUCGAGCCUCACGGACAGGAGCAUGAGCUCCUCGCGCGGCAGCAGGAACAGCGACGAACUGUCGCUCGCGAGCACGUGCGACGACCGCACUCCGCGGCUCAACAUGCCGCUGGACAAGGAGUUCCUGCCGCUGGACAGCCCCACGCAGGACGAGGCCGAGCAGAAGCAGGAGCAGGUGCGGGACCAAGUCAUCUGCAUGAUCUUCGAUCUGCCCGAGUCCACGCAGUUCUACGAAGGUACAGUACAGACAGCCCGGCGGAAGACAGUGGACAGACUGCUGACGGAUUCCCCCUUUGCAGACUUUUCGUGUGCCAUCGCGUCCACGCUGGCUAUGCACGGACGCAUGUAUCCGACGAGCUCGCACGUGUGCUUCUACUCCAACGUGUUUGGCCGCGAGAGAAAGAUCCUGAUCCCAUACGAGUCCAUUCGCGAAAUUGAAAAGACGACGACCAUGAUGUUUCAACACGCGAUCCGCCUCGCGACGUUCGACAAGGACGAGUACACGUUCACCGGCUUCUGGGGCAACAACCGGGAUAGCUGCUACGAUCUCAUCCUGAAGACACGCGACCGCGUGCUGCGUGAGCUGCGACCCACUGCUGUGAACUCCUCGGAAACGCGCUACCCAGUACUGGCAACGUCUCCGAUAUCUGGAGAAGCGUCACCUCAGGCAUCGUAUCGCAGCCCUGCAAUUGAUCAAGAUGAUGACGAGAACGAGGAGGAACGAGAAGAGGAAGAAGAGACUGCGGAGUCCGAUCACGAUGAGCUUGUUGCCCCAGCCGCUGGCAAUGCAGCUACCGAAACCGUUACGGAGCUAGACGACGAUGACCAGACCGCGCCUGCUCUUCCGCGUCGGCGCAGUGUCGUCUCGGACGUGGAUUCGAUCGCACCCAAAGACAUUUCCAUGACGCAGAUCCUCGAGGAGGAGUUCCUUCUGUCGGUGGACUCGUUCAUGCAGACAUUCUUCCUGGACAAUGCACCGUUCGGGCUGGACAAAUUCGGUGAACAAACGGGCUCAACAGAAAUGACUGUAAACCCAUGGAUGACUCCCCUGGAGGACGAAAAUUCAUUUGGUACGCGCACGCGGUCUCUACAAUUUCGGGUUCCAAUCGAUGCCCCGAUCGGCCCGAAGUCGUCUCAAGUUGAUGUGCUCCAAUGCCUGAAAGAGAACGAACAGGGAGUGCGUGUCGUAGAGAGCUCUACCCGAUUGGUGGAUAUCCCCUACGGUGACUAUUUCAGCGUGGAAGAUCGGUGGACCAUCGUACCCCGUUCAUCCAACCCCAACGCCUGCAAAUUAUUUAUUGAGUUGAAGGUGCGU